CGUUAGAUCAGGAACAAGUUAAUGUCUAGGGGCUGUGUGGCUCCAAACCACUUGUUUAGUGGGGAUCAAGGGGCCCAGGCAAUACCAUAUUCCACUCAGGGUCUGGAGAUCAUUCACCUGGGCUGCAGUUUCUGGAGCAGGCAAGAAUUCAAGGCCCUGGAAGAGGUGGUCCAGGGGACCACGUUCCCUGUGUCUUCUCAGAGCCGAUCAUGACCACACUCCUGCAGCUGCUGCUGGGCCUCAGCCUCGGCUGCACCGGAGCAGGUGGCUUUGUGGCCCAUGUGGAAAGCACCUGUCUGUUGGAUGAUGAUGGGACUCCACAGGAUUUUACAUAUUGUAUCUCCUUCAACAAAGAUUUGCUGACCUGCUGGGAUCCAAAGGAGAGAGCAAUGGUCCCUUGUGAAUUUGGGGUGCUGAAUGGUUUGGCCACUUACUUCUCCAGUUACCUCAACGAACAGAAAGACCUGCUCCAGCGCUUAUCUGAGGGGCUUCAGAACUGUGCCACACACACACAGCCCUUUUGGGGAUCACUGACCCAAAGGACACGGCCUCCAUCUGUGCAAGUAGCCAAAACCACUCCUUUUAACACGAGGGAGUCCGUGAUGCUGGCCUGCUACGUGUGGGGCUUCUACCCAGCAGAUGUGACCAUCACAUGGAGGAAGAACGGGCAGCUCGUCCCUCCUCAUGGCAGUGCCCAUAAGGUUGCCCAGCCCAAUGGAGACUGGACAUACCAGACCGUCUCCCAUUUAGCCACAACCCCCUCUUUUGGGGACACCUACAUCUGUGUGGUGGAGCACAUUGGGGCUCCUGAGCCCAUCCUUGUGUACUGGACACCUGGACUGUCCCCGAUACAGACAGUGAAGGUUUCUGUGUCUAUAGCAACUCUCGGCCUGGGCCUCCUCAUCUUCUCUCUUGGUUUGCUCAGCUGGCGGAGAGCUGGCUCCUCUGGCUAUACUGCCCUCCCUGGCUCCAAUUUUCCAGAAGGUCGGCACAUUUCUUAGAGGCAGGAUUCUACGACUUUCACUCCAAGUGACAAGGAGAUUCAAACUCUUAGUGAUGCUGCUGUGCCCUCUAACAUCCUCAAGCCUCCAGUUUUCUUGGAUCUCAUGGUUUCUCCACACAGUUCUUUGUGUUUCCCAGUCUCCUCCCCAUGUACACCUCAGCAACUUGGAGAAACUCAUUUCUGGGAAUAUCCUGUAAUCAAGUAAUUGUCCAAGGCUACAUUUCUGGGGUGAAUAUAAUCUGGGGAGGAGGGCUAAGGGCCUUCCUGGGAGCCCCACUGGGACACAGAGGGCAAUGAGUCACUGGUGAUAUCACUGAGGAAUAAACUCUGGUGGAAGUAC